AUGUCCGAGGAAAAAUCUGGAAAAAGUGAGGGCGCGAAAAAGACGAUGGCGUCGAAUGAAGUAAAUUUUGAGCAGAUGUCGAUUCAGGAGGGGUCUUCUACGGAAAUUAAAGGAUUAGAUGCUAACCGUUACGCGACAAAGAAGACCGUUGCACAAGGCUUGCUGGACAUAGCUUUGUUGACAUCGAAUGCAUCGCAGCUGAAAUAUAUCCUCCAAGUUGGCAGCAAGCAUGAGUUCUACACGCUGCUCAUCACCCUCAUCACGAUAUCUAUUAUUUUACAGGUGCUGAUGGGGCUGGUACUGCUGUCUUUGAACCUGCUGCACGACUGCUGCUUCCACAAGCCUCGCUACAGAACUUCAGCUAAUAAUAUUAACUAUGUCACUACAGCGACAGCAUUUAUCAUCACGGCAAUAAACAUUUUGAUUUCUUCUUUCGAUUCAUCUCUUGCCAUGUAUUUGCAGUUUGAUGAACUGUAA